AUGUCCGCCGUCGCUCGCGCCAUUCGUCCCUUUGCCUCUCGGGCCCUUGCCCAGAAGCCCAUUGCUCCCAUCUGCCAGGCUUCACCCGCUUUCCGUUUCCCGCGGGGAACCAGGAGCUUCUCCCAGAGCCCUCUCUCCCAGCUGAAGAAGUACACCGAGUCACACGAAUGGAUUGAGCUGGCCGACGGCGGAAAGACUGCCAAGAUCGGUAUCACCGACUACGCUGCCCACUCCCUGGGUGAUGUCGUCUACGUCGAGCUUCCCGAGGAAGGUCUCGAGGUUGCUGCCGGUGAGCCCGUCGGUGCUGUCGAGUCCGUCAAGUCUGCUUCCGAUGUCCUCUCGCCUGUCGCCGGUAAGGUCAUUGCUGGUAACAAUGUCCUCGAAGACAAGGCUAAGACUAUCAACGAGAGCCCCGAGGAAAAUGGUUGGAUUGCUGAGAUCGAGGUCGCUGAUGUUGCUGAGCUCGAUGCCCUUCUUGAUGAGGCUGCCUACAAGGCCACCAUCGAGGAUGCUUAG